CAGAGUCGGUGAGGAGUAAAAAUCUGUCGCACUUACUUGACAGGGAUUAUAUCAUACAGAGAGUGACACCGUAUGAUUUUAAACUAUAUGUGUGUAUGACUAUUGUAAUGCCACCCACUCAGUAGCUGAAACCCAACAAUGUGACAGUGUGGAGAUUUCCAGUGUGAAUGGCUGUAUCCAGUGUGUGAGGACCACUGUGAAUGGCUGACACUGUGGGACUUCGGCAUGGCAGACACUACGUGAAUUAGCCAUGUUCUGAGUGUGAACUUCACUGUGAAUGGCUGUACUCUGUGUGACCAAGCAGAACGUCACCACUGGAGCGGCUGUGUCCCGUGUGUGACGGACUGAGCGGCUGGGGUACCUUGACCAGGCUGCCUUUCUUGCGCCGUCAGGGCAGAGUAUGAGCAGGGAGCUGGAGGUGCCCCUCACCAAGAUGGCGGCUAUGCGGAGGCCGCUAAUCCUCGCCAGGGGCUGCGCUGCUUGUGACCGCAAAGCGGAGAAAGGAGGCGCGAGACCCGGGCGGCGGGCUGGGAAGCCAUUUGCGGGUCACUCAGGUCAGCGCCGCGCUGGGGGGCGGGCACGCCCGCGCUGUCCUAGCACCACCCCUCGCCUCGCCAGCCGCGGGACGCAAGGCGGUGGGCGGGGCCCCGAACCGCCGGGCACUGGAGGCGGACCCUGCACAGGCCGCCCAAUGGCGUGUAACGGGUGGGGCCCGGCGUUCACCUGCGGGCGGACUAGACAAAGUCAAAGCGCUGGAGCCAGUCAAGAACUUGGGAGUCGGAAUACAGUAUGCUGAGCUUCUCCCUAAGCCCCCUGAACGGCACCUGGACAGAGCUAUUCUUUCGGCUUUGGGGUCUUGGCGUUGCCCUCUACUUGGGUUACUACUGGGCAUGUGUGCCCCAGAGGCCUCAACUGGUGACUGGGUCCCGGUUUCUGGCCUUCUUGGAGCAACACUGCCCAAUCACUGUGGAGACUUUCUACCCUACGCUAUGGUGCUUUGAGGGGAGGUUACAAACCAUCUUCCGCGUCUUACUGCAGCCCCGGCCUCUAGUCCCUUACUGGAGUGAAGUCCUCCAAACUCCAGAUGGAGGACAGCUCUUGCUAGAUUGGGCUGGCCAGAAUGACAGCAGUCAAUAUCCUGAUCCUGCCACACAGCCUAUUGUAUUACUGCUUCCUGGCAUCACAGGCAGUAGCCAGGAGACAUAUAUCUUGCACCUAGUCAACCAAGUUUUGAGGGAUGGUUAUAGGGCUGUCGUAUUCAAUAACCGGGGUUGCCGUGGAGAAGAACUGCUGACCCACAGGACCUUUUGUGCCAGCAAUACUGAAGAUCUAGAGACAGUUGUGAACCACAUCAAGCACCGCUACUCCCAAGCUCCACUGCUGGCUGUGGGCAUCUCUCUCGGAGGGAUAUUAGUGCUGAACCACCUGGCACGAACGGGGCUGGCUGCAGGGUUGGUGGCAGCACUGACUCUAUCUGCAUGCUGGGAUUCCUUUGAGACUACCUGCUCCCUGGAGACCCCACUCAACUCACUGCUCUUUAAUCAGCGCCUCACUGCUGGGCUCUGCCAAAUUGUGGACCGAAACAGAAAAGUGAUGGAAAAGGUUGUAAACAUAGAUUCUGUGCUACAGGCCCGCACAAUCCGCCAGUUUGACGAGCGCUACACAGCUACGGCCUUCGGAUAUCAAGACUGUGUUUCCUACUACCAGGCAGCAAGCCCAAGAACCAAGGUAGAUGCCAUCCAGAUCCCUGUGCUCUGCCUCAAUGCAGCUGAUGACCCCUUCUCCCCAGUCCAUGCUCUUCCCUUACAGGCUGCUCAGCAAUCUCCCCAUGUUGCACUGCUCGUCACAGCCCAGGGUGGCCACAUUGGCUUCCUGGAAGGGCUGUUCCCCUGGCAGCACUGCUACAUGAGCCGCCUCUUCCAUCAGUAUGCCAAAGCCAUCUUUCAGCACCCAGCAGAGCUGCGCAGCCUCAGGGCUCCCUCACCUUCAGAAGGAGGCAAGAGCUGAUGAGAGUACCAUUGGGGGUCUCAGUU